UUCUAAUAUAAAACUCUAUAAAAAGAAUACUCGAAUAGUUAUUUGCAUUUACAAAAUUAAUAAGAACCAAAACCAGUUAUUUAAACUAUCUACAUGAACCAAAACCAAAACCUCAUACAUUUUUUCAAUAUAUAGGUAGUUUUAGCAGGGCCGGCUUAGGAGGCAGUGCAAUGGAGCGUGGAUCCAGGGUCUAAUUUUUUUUGGCAUAAUUAGUAUUAAAAAGGAGUUUAAUUUUUCAGAAAAAUAAAAGGGAUAUGGACCCUAUCUUUUUUUUUAAAUUAUCCAUAAUAUAUGUAAAAAAAAAUUUGAAAAUCAUUUUGCCCAAGGGCCCACAGUUUUUUUGAGCCGGCCGUGAGUGUUAGCCAAACCUUUUUGUUUCACGAAAUCUAAACUAAUUUUUUCAUUAGUUGAAUAUUGUGUAAUCUAAUAAUACAUAUUUUUUUUAUUUUUGAUUGAAUUUAUCUAUUAAAUGCUAGUUUUUAAAAGUUAUAAUUUUCUUGAUAUUAACACUUUUAACUAAAACUACUUAUAUAUUGAAACAGAAAAUAUAUAAAAAUUAUUAAUUUAUUAUUUUAGUGGACCGUGUAUUUAUUUCAGAUUUUUUUUAUAAAUUUAUUAUUUGAUCAAAUUUUAUAUUGAUUUAACUUGGGACUAAGAAAAAUAUUAAUUUAUCAAUAUUAAUAUUAAUUUAUAGCGUAUGCUGUAUUCUAAACAUUAAUGGGCCCAAAUAAGUAAAGCCCGUUAUAAAGUGUCCCGCCUAAUUUUACCCUAAUUGGCUCCUCUUUCCCGCCAUUUCCACAAUCCCUAAAAAUGUUUCAGUAAUCGUCGACUGUGUUUCUCUCUUGUUUUGUUUCUGUGAAUCUCUACUUUGCAAAGUUGGAUUUUGUUUUUUGGGUUUAAUUGUUGCGGGAAAGAAAGAUGACGAGAGAAGAGAUCGAAAGCAGAGAAGAUGAAUCGAUGAUGGACGCACCACAGAUCAACAAGCCGAAACCAGAAGAGUUCUUCAACGUUAAUUACCUCCGAAUUUACUACGGCAAUCUGUUUCCUUACAGUGAUAUUCACAAAUGGCUUUCUUACGGACACGAUGGGAAACAUCCUGGUUGCGAUGAAUACUACUUUGGUCGAAGAGAGUUCUCUUUCACCCUUGAGAACGACGUUUAUCUCCGCUACAAGUCCUUCAAAAAUGCUUCAUCCAUGGAAGACGCUAUCAGAUCCCAUUUCCCUUACAAGAUUGAUAUUGGCGCCGUCUAUAGCGUUGACCCUGAUAAGAGGCAUGCCUAUUCACAAACUGGCUCCAAUGUGUUUACUCCUGUGGAGAGGGAGUUGGUCUUUGAUAUUGAUAUAACAGAUUAUGACGAUGUUAGAUACUGUUGCUCUGGAGCUGAUGUUUGCUCCAAAUGUUGGCCUUUGAUGACUGUUGCUAUCAAAGUCAUUCAUACUUCCCUCACUGAGGAUUUCGGAUUCAAACACAUCCUCUGGGUGUUCAGUGGACGUCGUGGAGUUCACUGUUGGGUUUGUGAUCCUAAAGCUCGCAGGAUGACUAAUGAACAAAGAUCAGCAGUUGCUGAGUACUUCCGUGUUUAUAAGGGAAAUGAGAACAAUGCAAGAAAAGUAGCUCUUAUGGGUUAUUCUCUUCAUCCUUUCCUUGCGAGAUCGUAUGUAGAUUAUCUCAAGGGUUUCUUUGAGGGCGAGUUACAAGCAACUCAAAGCAUAUUCUCUACCAAAGACAAGUAUGAGAAGAUACUUGCGAUGAUUUCUGAUGAAGAUAUUCAAUCAGAGCUCAGAGGAAAAUGGGAGAAUUCAGCUAGAUCAUCUCUAUCAGAAGAAGCCAUCAGCCUUGUAAGGUGGGAGCAGCUUAAAAACACCCUCCAAUCCAAGAAACACAAGGCUCCAACACUGCGUAUGUGCGUUGAAGAAAUCGUCUUCACCUUUACCUAUCCUCGAAUUGAUUUGGAGGUCUCAAAACAAAUGAACCAUUUGCUUAAGGCACCUUUCUGUGUCCAUCCAAAAACAGGUCGUGUAUGUGUUCCUAUCGACCCAAAUAACUGCGAUGAGUUUGAUCCAUUGGCAGUUCCAACACUUUCACAGCUAAUCGAAGAAAUCAACUCAGGAGGCUCAAGAAUGGAUGUGGAUGAUGAUAGUGAUGAUUCAGAUACAAGUCUACUUGGGAAAUCAGUCAAGUUCUUCAGAUCCUCAUUCCUAGAACCCUUACUGAAAUCAUGCAAGGAAGAAAUAGAGAGUUCAUACAAAACCAAAAUUGGCAAGUCUAAGGAUUCACUUAGCUGGUAACUGAGAGUUAUUGAGUUUUUAUUUUGUGGUUUACAGUCUGCUCUAAGUUUCUAUUUCAGUUUGGUUUUAGUUUGUAAUGUACUAUCUUCACUAAGCUUGAGAAUCUAUACAUCUUGUUGUUAUGUUUUUUAAGAAAAUUAUACCUUUAUUAGCGAGUGAUUAA